CUAAUGAAAAUAAACAAUCCAAUGCUAAGCAAAUCAAUGUAGAUAAUUUAUUGUCUACCGAUGAAGAUACUUUGGUUUCUAAAUCACAAACAAUACCAUACGCAACUUCAUUAUCAUCAUUUUCAAGAUCUUUCAAUUCAGAGGAUCCGUCUGCCUUCAGAACUAUUUCGGAUUCUCAACAUUUAAAUCUCAAUGAAACUAAUUACUCAAAACCGGAUUUACCGUUAGAAAAUGUUUGGGAUGUUCUUAUCGAUCCUCAAACAACAGAUAAAGUGCCCGCUAGAUUAAGUAAUAAUCGUUUAUCAUGUAUUCCGGAUAACUUUUUUAACAAUCUUUAUAACACUAAAGAGCUUUAUCUUGAUCGAAAUACACUUCGGGAUUUGCCAGAAGAACUUUUAAAACUUUCAAAAUUGGAAAUUUUGGAUCUUA